ACGAGGUCAAUCAAGUACAUGGAUCUCACUGUGAGGGGAAAGGCCUGUAUAAAGGAAGUACUCGACACAGUGACGGAGUUACUCGAUGGAAUGAGCCAUACCAACUCUGCUGAGGACACAACCAAAGUCGGAGACGAUGAGAUCCGGGACAUUGCCGACAAACUGAAGAGUCGAUUUCAGGAACUGAAAGACAUCUGCAAGACUUUCGCCGCCUCUGACAAGCUAAGACGCGAUCAACCAACCGUAGCACUCGAUAGAACUCUUGUUGCCAGGAGAGACGAGUUGAGGCGAGAGCUGCAAAGCCAAAAUGCUCAACUAAAGAAACUCAUAGACUCUAGCAGAAACCUGCUAGUUCAAAUAAAUGUUACUACACCCUUAGAAUCCGCAUGACAUUAAGUGACUCCGUUGUUAAUUAAUUAAAUACAUUAAUUAAUUAAUUAAUGUAAUCCUUGCAAUUGCUGUAGUAAAUAUCAACUGUGUUUGAGUGAUUUGAUGUAUAGAUUACCUUGGUAACAUUUGCCAGUGCUAGCUGGAGUAACAUACAAAUGAUGUAGAGACACGAUUCCUAGAUAUCACAUUCUGUCACAACACAUUUGAUCUAGAGUUUGAAAUUUGAUGUCAGGAGCAUGAGAUAUUUUAUCAAA